AUGCUGUACUUCCAGGUGGUGAUUCUGGCAGCUACAGUGAUGCUGGUUUACUACUGUGAGUUCACGGACACUUUCAGUCUGGCACAGCAGGGCUUCAUCUGCAGAGACCCGGCUUUAACCAAACCAGAUCCUGGACCUGAACAGGACAGCCACAUACAGCCUGUAAUACUGUACUCUGUGGUGGGUGGACUGCCUGUUGUACUGAUUUCAGGUGUGGAACUUGUUAUCUUCCUCCUUCACUACAACUCAAACAACCUUUAUGACCAAGAGAAGGUUGUAGUCAUGGGUGACUGUUGCUACGUGAACCCCAUGGUGCGCAGGACCUUCCGUUUCCUUGGUGUCUAUGUCUUUGGUCUGUUUACAACAGACAUCUUUGUCAAUGCGGGUCAGCUGGUCACAGGAAGUCUGGCUCCUUACUUCCUGUCUGUUUGCCAGCCCAAUUACACCGCCCUCGGCUGCCAGAACACCGUAGACUUUGUCAGCCGAUCAGAUGCCUGCACCGGUAACCCUGAUGACAUCAUGAGAGCCAGGAAGACAUUUCCCUCCAAAGAGGCUGCACUGAGUCUGUAUACAGCUGUUUACCUGGCAAUGUACAUCAUGUGCUGUGUUGGUUCCAGUGGAGGUCGUUUGAUGGGGCCCCUCAUCAGUCUCUCAUUGGUCAGUCUGGCUGUGCUGACAGGCAUCAACAGAGUGGCUGAGUACCGAAACCACUGGAGUGAUGUGAUAGCAGGACAAGCCAUCGGAGGAGCUAUUGCUGUCUUUCUGGUGGUAUUUGUGGUUCAGUAUUUUAAAAAGAGACCUGAGAUUCCUCAGAGUCCGUCAGAUGUGGGCACAUCUAACACUGAAGAGGCUUCACCUCAAAAUAAUCACACCAUGGAAUCAUGUGACAAAUACAUUGUUACACAGGGCCCCGGAUCCUUCACUGAAGUCACAUGACUAUGACCCCCCCGUCCUCAUGAUUCAGAGGAAAUGGAUUUUGCAUGAACUGUGUGUGCUCUCUCAAGAUGUCACCUCUUUUAUGACUUAAAAUUUCAAACCUUUCU